ACUAGAACUCACUCUAGCUAGCAGCUCGCACUUGACAUUUGACACAUCUCCAUCGAUCGAGCUCGAUCGUAUAGCUCAGCAGGUUAACAAUGGCAGGAGGAAAGCACCAGGAUGAGGACGUGCGCGUGGGCGUGGACCGCUUCCCGGAGCGGCAGCCCAUUGGCACGGCGGCGGACGACCUGGGCCGCGACUACCGCGAGCCCCCGCCGGCGCCGUUGUUCGAGGCGUCGGAGCUGUCGUCGUGGUCCUUCUACCGCGCCGGCAUCGCCGAGUUCGUGGCCACGUUCCUCUUCCUCUACGUGACCGUGCUCACCGUCAUGGGCGUCAGCAAGUCCCGCACCAAAUGCGGCACCGUGGGCAUCCAGGGCAUCGCGUGGGCGUUCGGAGGCAUGAUCUUCGCGCUCGUCUACUGCACCGCCGGCGUGUCGGGCGGGCACAUCAACCCGGCCGUCACGUUCGGCCUCUUCCUCGCCCGGAAGCUGUCGCUGCCGCGGGCGCUGUACUACAUGGUGAUGCAGUGCCUCGGCGCCAUCUGCGGCGCCGGCGUCGUGAAGGCGUUCGGGAGUGGGCUCUACGAGGCGGCCGGCGGCGGCGCCAACGCCGUGAACCCGGGGUACAGCAAGGGCGACGGGCUCGGCGCCGAGAUCGUGGGCACCUUCGUGCUCGUGUACACCGUCUUCUCCGCCACCGACGCCAAGCGCAACGCCAGGGACUCCCACGUCCCCGUGCUCGCGCCGCUCCCCAUCGGCUUCGCUGUGUUCCUGGUGCACCUCGCGACCAUCCCGAUUACCGGCACCGGAAUCAACCCCGCCAGGAGCCUCGGCGCCGCCAUCAUCUACGACAGGCCGCACGGGUGGCACGGCCAUUGGAUCUUCUGGGUGGGGCCGUUCGCCGGAGCUGCGCUUGCGGCGGUGUACCACCAAGUCGUCAUCAGGGCCAUCCCCUUCAAGGCCAGCGCCGGCGACAGCACGCACUAGCUACUAGUAGCCAACCUAACUAGCUAGCAAGAGUACGUUGUUGCCGGCGCCUCCAUGCGUCUUGCAUGCCGACACAACAUAUAUAGGUGUGAUGUGUGUAAUACCUUGCUUGUAUGUGUGCUUAAUUUUUUUUUUUAACAUCGUUACAACCAU